UUCUGAUCUGUCGUCUCAUAUUCAUCUUUUGAUCUCAAACACAAAUGCCUUCAGUGUAUAGCAAAGAUGAAAGAAUUGGCUUUGCCAUUCCAAUAUUUUCGGAGGGGACUGUAUCGCUUGACGAGUGUGCUCCUGGCAUGAAGAAGGGGCCAAUAUGGAUGGGCGAGAGGUGAACCCGCUGUUUGUCUUAUCUACUGCGUGUUUUUUGACCUACUGUGCAAAGUCAGUCAUGAUGACGACUUUCAGUUCAACCAAAUUUCAGCUUCAAAAGCCUCACAAUGGGAGUCAAUGGUGCCAUGUUGUCCACUCAUACUAUAUACAUUAUACUGUACAGUCAUUGAACUGGCCUCAUGCUCCAGCCCAAGUGGUGGCGCUAAUGAGCCCAAAUGUUGAUUCUCUAACAGCUAGAAAACAAAGCUGAGAAGGAUUGCGAUACUGUCUGAUUGAGUUAAUCCUCUAUGCAUAAAAAUAUUUCUGACAGGAUACCACAGAAAAAAAUUUAGAUCUGAACAAGUUUCGAGUAGAAGCUUGUUGAGGUUUUGCUUUCACGCCUGAGAAUUGCAUCCUUUAGACGUCUUAUAAUGGAAUCAGCAGAGCUUUGUAGGGAUGUGAAGACUGAGAUUUUCCCUACUUCAGAUGGUGGGACAUCAAGCUCUGUGGGAUUCGUCAUCCCUGUGGAUCAGCAGAAGCUUAUAAAAAAGGAAGAACAUGAAGAUGAAGGCUAUCCCUGUGGUGGUACAUCAAGCCCUGUAGGAUGUGUCAUGACUAAUGACCAACAGACUGGAGGAUUCCAGAGGAAACCUAUAAAAGAGGAAGAACCUGAAGAUGACGAGUUCCUCUACUGUGAGGACUGCAGAUCCUACUUCAUCAACAAGUGUGAAGUUCAUGGUCCAGCCCUUUUCAUUUCUGAUACCCCUGUUCCCAUGGGGAUUGCUGACCGAGCCAUACAAACCCUUCCCCUCGGUCUAGAGGUUGGAAAGUCUGACAUUCCUAAUGCAGGCCUUGGGGUGUUCAAUAAGGGUGAGACUAUUCCACUUGGUGCACACUUUGGGCCAUGUGAGGGAGACCUGGUGGACAGAGAGGAAGCCAUGAAUAGUGGCUAUUCUUGGGUGAUAUCCAGGAGCAGGCAGUGUGAGAAAUACAUAGAUGGCCAGAGAGAGAUGCAUUCUAAUUGGAUGAGGUAUGUGAAUUGUGCACGUAAUGAAGAAGAACAGAAUCUUGUGGCCUUCCAGUAUCGAGGAGGCAUCCUCUAUCGUUGCUGUCAACCCAUCAAACCAGGACAAGAGCUCUUGAUGUGGUACAAAGAUGACUACGGCAAACACCUUGGCCUUGCGUUCGACUACCUCUGGAAGAAAAAAUGCUCCUCAAAUGAAAUGAAUGAUUCCCUGCAGCAACUUUUCGCCUGCUCCUGGUGUCAACUAUCUUAUACAUCUCAAAUUUACCUUUACAAGCACAUAAGAAGAAGCCACAAUCAGGAAAAUAUGAGAUUGUUGAGAUCAAGAGAAAUUAAAAAUGACAAUGUGAUGCCCACAAGAAGCUCAAACAGUGAGCAAAGAUGCUCUGCUACUCUCCAAAUUAACGUAACUCAUGGACGAAGUCAGAAAGAAAUGUAUCGCUGCUCAACGUGUGGGAAGGAUUUUACUAAUCGGCAUAAUCUCAGUAAGCACCAGUGUGUCCACACAAGAGAGAAGACAUUUCCCUGCUCACAGUGUGGAAAAAGUUUUACUUAUCAGAGUCACCUCCAACAGCAUCAACUCAUUCACACAGGAGAGAAGCCAUAUCACUGCUCACAGUGUGGGAAGAGCUUUAAUAAAGCAAGUACUCUACAAAGACACCUGCAUAUUCAUACAGGAGAGAAGCCCUAUCACUGCUCACAGUGUGGGAAAAGUUUUAUAUCUCUAGGUAAUCUCAAAGAUCAUAAGCGCAUUCACACAGGAGAGAAACCAUAUCACUGCUCACAGUGUGGGAAGAGUUUUAAUAAACAGGGUCAUCUCCACAAUCAUCAGCGCAUCCAUACAGGAGAGAAGCCGUAUCACUGCUCACAGUGUGGGAAGAGUUUUAAUCAACGGAGUGAUCUUCAAAGACAUCAGCGCGUUCAUACAGGAGAGAAGCCGUAUUACUGUUCACAUUGUGGGAAGAGCUUUAAUCAACAGAGUAAUCUUCGAACACAUCAGCGUAUCCAUACCGGAGAGAAGCCAUUUGUAUGCUCACAGUGCGGAAAGAGUUUUAAUCAACAGAGUGAUCUUCAAAAACAUCAGCGCAUUCACACGGGAGAGAAGCCGUAUCACUGCUCACAUUGUGGGAAGAGAUUUAAUCACCAGAGUGAUUUUAAAAAACAUCAGCGCAUUCACACAGGAGAGAAGCCGUAUCACUGCUCACAGUGUGGACAGAGAUUCACUUAUUUCAAAACAUUUAAGAAACACAAUAAGCACCAGUGUGUCCACACAAGAGAGAAGACUUUUCCCUGCUCACAGUGUGGGAAGAGUUUUACUUACCAGCGUCAUCUCCAACAUCAUCAGCGCAUUCACACAGGAGAAAAACCUUAUCACUGCUCACAGUGUGGGAAGAGCUUUAAUAAAGCAAGUACUCUACAAAGACACCUGCAUAUUCAUACAGGAGAGAAGCCCUAUCACUGCUCACAGUGUGGGAAAAGUUUUAUAUACCUGAGUCGUCUUAAAGAUCAUAAGAGCAUUCACACAGGAGAGAAGCCGUAUCACUGCUCACAGUGUGGGAAAGGUUUUAAAAAGCCGAGUAAUCUCAAGGAUCAUAAGCGAGUUCACACAGGAGAGAAGCCAUUUCACUGCAACCAUUGUGGGAAGAGCUUUAAUCAGCUGAGUCAUCUCAAAACACAUCAGCGUAUCCAUACAGGAGAGAAACCAUAUCAGUGCUCACAGUGUGGGAAGAGUUUUAAUCAGCAGAGUCAUCUCAAAACGCAUCAGCGCAUCCAUACAGGAGAGAAGCCGUAUCACUGCUUAGAGUGUGGGAAGAGUUUUAAUCAACAUGGAGAUCUUCAAAAACAUCAGCGCAUUCAUACAGGAGAGAAGCCGUUUCACUGCUCACAGUGUGGGAAGAGAUUUAAUCAACAGGGUGAACUUCAAAUACAUCAGCGUGUUCAUACAGGAGAGAAGCCGUAUCACUGCUUACAGUGUGGGAAGAGAUUUAAUCAACAGAGAAAUCUUGAAAAACACCAGCGCAUUCACACAGGAGAGAGGCUGUAUCACUGCUUACAGUGUGGGAAGAGCUUUAAUGAAAAGAGAAAUCUUGAAAGACAUCAACCCUUUCAUACACGAGAGAAACCCUAUGACUGCUUACACUGUGGGAAGAGUUUUGCUUACCAGAGUAAUCUCAAAACACACCAGCGCAUUCACACAGGAGAGAAGCCGUAUCAGUGCUCACAGUGUGGACAGAGAUUCACGUAUUUCAAGACAUUUAAGAAACACAGUUGCAAAAACAUUGAGCAGUCAGCUUGUGCCACAUGAUUUUCAAAUCCAGAAAAAUUAGUUCAUUACUAUUUUAACAAAUUAGCAUUAUUUAAUGACGGAAAAAGUACUUAAUGUUCUUAUUAUUUAAUAUUUUAUUUGCAUGUUUCCCUUGAGCAAUAAUAUUGGAAUGUUGAGGUAAAUAAACUUUAGUACAUCUAUAAUAUUUUAUGUUGCUCAAAUAAAUUGUACUCCCUAUUUAAACUUCUUUCUUGUUUCUUUUUUGCAGUACUAUUUCAUAUAAAUUUAUGCCAUAGGGAAUGGGCGCAGUGGGUAGUGUUGCGGCAUCACAGCUCCAGGGUCCCCGGUUUGAUCCUGAGCUCAGUUUAAUGUGCAUGUUUUUCCAUGUGAGUUUCUUCCCAUCUAAAAAUAUAUCAGUAGGUGGAAAACCAGUACGAAUUCCAGAACAACAUCCUGUGGACAAAUGAGACAAAGAUCAACUUGUACCAGAAUGAUGGAAGAGAAGAGAAUGGAGAAGGGAAGGAACUGCUCAUGAUCCAAAGCAUACCACAUCUUCUUAUGGCUGCCAGUGGAACUGGUUCCUUUGUAUUUAUUGACGAUGUGACUGCUGACAAAAGCAGCAGGAUGAAUUAUCUGCUGAGAUUCAGCCAAAUGCUUCAAAGCUCUGAAAGCAACCCGAGACUUUUUUAAGGCCAAGUUAAAAUAAUCUGAUCCAGUUGAGCUGCAUUUCACUUGAUGAAGGUGCAGUUGAAGGCAAAAUGCCCCAAGAACAAGCAGGAAGUGAAGACGGCUGCAUUAAAGGCCUGGCAAAGCGGCUUGUGAUAAAACACUAAUCUUGCUCAUGCAAUAUUGCUUAAUUAAGUAAAUUAACCAUUUUCUCCCCAAAGCUUGUUACAUCUCUUUUAUCCAUCAGUACAUCUAAUGAACUUUUAAUGCUUAACAGUAAUUAGGAUAAAAAAUAACCUGAAAAGGAAAUUGCAACAUAAUGCAGGUUGAGAGAAAGUUGAGGAGCAUGGUUACAGCACAGCAGAGGUAACAGGGUCCCCCUCCUCCACACACACUCUUUAAAUAGCAUGAUACACACUGGUAACAGAUGGAGAGAAGCUGAGUCAGUGAUCAGAGAAAAAAGGAAUGGAGGACAUUGCCAAAUAAUCACUCAUAGACUACUGUAUGUAUUAACAUUGCCGAGGAAAUCUCCACAAUCUUGUGUAAAAGCCAAUUUGCAUUAAGAAGUGUAAGACAAUCUUCCAUUGCUUAAAUUAACUUAUACACAAUAUGUGUGUAGGUUAAAAAGCAACUCUUUUUAACCUACAAGAGCAUUAUGCAACUUCUACUGCUAAAAAGUUCAUCAAUAACAAUCAGGCAAUGCCUUACAGACAUUAGUUUGGAUUUUGUAUACAUUUGAAUAUAUUUUGUAUACUGUAGACAGAGUGUAGUGUUAACGAUACAGAAAAUGCUCUGAUUCGUGAUAAACAUUUACUGGAUAUUGGAUAUUUGGAUAUUUGCCAUUAUGGUCUUUAUCAGUACCAACACGUGUAGUAACCUCAAGCUGAAGGUCAUGUUUUCAGAAAACUUUGCUACAUAAAAGUAUAUGUAUACUUAAAUAAAGUACUAUUUUUUUUGUUGUUUCUAGAAAUAGAGCAUGUUUCACAGGACCAUAUGUCCUUUUUUAUUGUAUACACACAUUGGGCUCCAUGAUCACAUUGUAGUCUUAUUUAUUUCUGUGUAGUCUCAUGUAGCCCUGUGUUUAUGUAGCAUCUUGCUCCUGGAGGAACGUUGUUUCGUUUCAGUGUGUACUGUACCAGGUGUAUACAGGUGAAAUGACAAUAAAGCCACUUGAACUUGAACUCGAACAUAACGCUCCAAAUUACUUGCAAAGUGACUAGGGCCCUUUGAGGUCACACAGCGAGUUAGGGACGUCAACUAUGAGGUAAGGCGAACAGAUAGAGAUGAGGAACUGCAGAUAUACCACGUCAGUCUCCUUAAACCCUGGAGGGAGGCAGUCCCUGUGGCUUUGGUAGUUCCAGAGAGGGAGGAGCUGGGACUGGAGGUGAACCUAAAACAUGCGCCUCAAUCCACCCUGGUCCCCCGUGGAGACCACCUCUCACCGCCCCAAAUCACGGAGGUUGCCAAGUUGCAAGCAGAAUUUUCCAACAUGUUCUCACCUCCCCAUCGUCGCAAUGAUCUCAUAGGUGUUUGCAUGCUGCUGCCCCUACUGUUUGCGCAAACA